AAUUUUAUUUUUGCGUCUGUAAAGUUCUUUGACGUUGUCAAUUUGUCUACUUUUUUUGGUUCUGUUUUUCCCAUCUCUGAGAAUAAUUUGUCUAUAUUUAUUAAUCAACGUCAGUGUCAAAUAUUUAGAACCAAAUUUGCUUACUUCUAAGAUAUUGUGUUCUGUGUUACUUAUUGUCCAAUUCCAAAUUAAAAACACAUGAAUAUAAAUAAAUUUCCUAUCUAACAUGAUUUGAAUUUAAUAGUGACUGUAUUUAUGUCAAUGUACUGAGAAUAUAAUAGCCAAAAUGACGAUACAUAAUUUAUACAUAUUUGAUCGUUUCGGAACUCUUCUUUAUUACGGUGAAUGGAAUAGAACAAAACAAUCUGGAAUGUCAAGAGAAGAGGAAUGCAAGCUCAUGUAUGGAAUGUUAUUUUCAAUAAAAUCAUUUGUUGCUAAAAUAUCACCACUGGACCCUAAAGAUGGAUUUUUACAUUACAAAACUUCGAAGUACACCCUGCACUGUCUGGAAACACCGUCAGGAAUAAAAUUUGUCAUGAACACUGACAACCAAGCUCAGGGAGUGAGGGAUCUACUCAAAAAGAUCUAUGCUGAAAUAUAUGUGAAAUAUGCAAUUAGGAAUCCACUCUGUAAUAUUGGAGAGCCGAUAAAUAGUGAAUUGUUUAAAAGUAAACUAGAUGCAUUUAUAAAACAAACACCUAUACAUGCAGUUAGAGCCUCCUGAUAAAUAGUAAAAUAGUUGAUACUUAGUAAUAUUCAUAACCUAAUUAAUUAAUUAUUAUUUAAUUAAUUAGUUUAAUGUUCUAUGUUUAAUUGUAUAUCUUAUGAUUUUUCUAUGUACUUUUUUAAUAUAGUCACAGUUGAUGUAUAAUUACAAUAAUUAUAUUUAAUAUAAGAUUAGAGUAAUACAAACAUGUAAAGUAAUUGUAAAGUGGUUUUAGAAAUAAGUUCAUUUACUGUUCUAUACUUUAAAUCAGUCCACUAUGUGGUAUAAUAAAGAAACUAAAGAAUAUAACUGUAAAUUCAUUUAAAUUAAUAUCCUUAAUCUGAAAUUUUGAUAGUUUUGUACAUAAUAGCAAUAUACUGCUCAAGCCUAAUAGGUUGAUCAUAGAGUACUUAAUUACACAGAUAAUUUACACCCAAAAUAUAUGAUUGAUUGAUAGAAUAGUUAUGUGUCAUUCAUAAAAUUAAGGAUUGAUUUGAUAUAUUGUAUAAAACAGUUGCAAUAAUUUCUUAUUAGAUAUUUGUCAGCAAAAAUAUAUUUAGUUUAAUUCAUUUAACAGUUGCUCUUCAGAGUUGUAUGCUAUACAUAAAAUUAGGAUAUUCAAUGUGUUUGAAAGAAGAUUUUAAUUUUACUGUGUAUCUAUAUUAAUACAAUAUGUACAUAAUGUCAUAUA